AUCGGCGGUUAGGGCUGCCGUAUCGGCGGAGAUGGCCGGCAAGAGGAAGAGGAAAAACGCAGCUGAGCGGCGAGGAAUCCACCCUCGGAAUAAAUACUCCGAUAAUCCGCCGGAUUUCGCUUUAUUAGCAUCACUGUACCCGAGUUUUGAGCCGUUCGUCUUCUACUUACGCGACGGCCGCCCCAAAAUUGAUUGGACGGACUUCAAUGCUACUCGCGAGUUGACUCGAGUGUUGCUGCUCCACGAUCACGGCAUCAACUGGUGGAUUCCUGAUGGGCAGCUCUGCCCUACAGUACCCAACAGAUUGAAUUACAUCCACUGGAUAGAGGAUCUUCUGGCUUCAGACGUCAUUCCGACUAACAGGGCUGAUUGUGAUGUCAUCAAAGGUUUCGAUAUUGGGACUGGAACAAAUUGUAUAUAUCCCCUUCUCGGUGCAUCUGUUCUUGGUUGGAAGUUUGUCGGUUCAGAUAUGACUGAUGUGGCUAUAGAGUGGGCAAAUCGAAAUGUCGAGAGCAAUCCGCAUAUUUCUCACUUGAUUGAAAUCAGAAAGGUCCACUUCGAGGAUAGCAUCGAAGAAUCACAAAUUAGUCAAAAAAGUAGUAAUGAAGGUGGAUCCGAAUGUAGUAGUAUAAAGUCUGAAGAAACUCGUUCAGGCACGAAGAAGAGUUGUUAUAAUGGGCCACCUGUACUUUUAGGUGUUGUCAAAGACGAAGAGAUGUUUGACUUCUGUAUGUGCAAUCCUCCAUUCUUUGAGACAAUUGAGGAAGGCGGAUUGAAUCCGAAGACAUCUUGUGGAGGAACUUCAGAGGAGAUGGUUUGUUCAGGUGGUGAACAUGCCUUUAUUACUCGCAUCAUUGAAGAUAGUGUUAAGCUGAAGCACACAUUUCGUUGGUACACUUCUAUGGUUGGAAGAAAAUUGAACCUGAAUACUCUGGUAUCAGAAAUCUGGAAUGUUGGAGCCACUGUAGUGAAAACGACAGAAUUUGUACAAGGAAGAACAUCGAGAUGGGGACUCGCGUGGUCAUUUUUGCCUGCUUCGAGGAAAAUGUUACCUUCCCAUAAGAUUGAGGAAAAUAAUCUGUCUUUCAUGCUGGAGGGCCUUCAUCGUCAGCACAGUGGCUUUGACGUGUUGCAGUCGGUGGAAUCUCACUUCUCCGGAAGCGGUGCAUCUUGCAAAUUAGAUUCUGCUGCUUUCAAUGUUGAUAUCACUGCUUCAAAGGAUCAAAUUGAUUCAAUACUAAAGGCCGAGACACAUAAUACGGUUGAUGCUGCUGAGUUUAAUAGAUCGAAUUCCCCAAAUGACCAGCAAAGUCAACCAGAUGCCAUGCGCUUCCGCAUUUCGGUCUUGCAACAAAAUCCAGGAACACUUCUCGUGAGGGGAACAUUGCUCGACAGAUCAAGCUCCACCUCAGGUCUUUUUUCUCCAAUUUUCCAGCAUCUCAAAGAUGUUCUCAUCAAUAAGUUCUGUACUGGAAGAGGUAUAAAGCUGUGAGACAAACUAUCAAAGCCAACAAGGAUCAAAACAUUUUUAUUUAAUCCUGUAAAAUUAAAUCCUAUUUAUUUUUUAUAUUUUUCGUGGCUGCUGCCGACAGCAUU